CCUUCGUCUUUAAAAUUACCUCCGUUAGAACAAAAUGAAAACCAGAUCACGACCCUCAAAUCUCUCCCGCUUCUUCCGCUGCCAUCCAACUACCGACGACGACGACGACGACGACUCGCCGCCGAUGAGUACCUCCAGCGCCACCACCUUCUCCGACAACUCUCCCUACACCAUGUCUCCAUACAACCCCUCCACCACCUCCUCCCCCUUCAUCCGCUCCCCGUGGAUCCACUCCACCGCCGCCAUCGCUCCCAUCCCCCCGGAAUCCUCCACCACCCUCCUCGGCUCCCUCAUCCGCCAAGACGGACACGUUUACUCCCUCGCCGUCUCCGGCGAUCUCCUCUUCACCGGCUCCGACAGCAAGAAUAUCCGCGUUUGGAAAAACCUCCGCGAAUUCGGUGGUUUCAAAUCCUGCAGCGGUCUCGUCAAAUCCAUCGUCAUCUUCAACAAUAAAGUGUUCACCGGCCAUCAGGACGGCAAGAUCCGCGUUUGGAAGUUCAACGCAAAAUCCGACGACUACAAGCGCGUCGGCACGCUCCCGCGGUUCAAAGACUUUUUAAAAAGCUCCAUCAAGCCGUCCAAUUACGUCGAGGUCCGGCGUCAUCGGAACGCGGUUUGGCUGCGGCACUUCGACGCGGUUUCCUGUCUCGCGUUGAACGCGGAGCAGGGUUUGCUGUACUCCGGCUCGUGGGACCGGACGAUUAAGGUGUGGAGGCUGUCGGACUUCAAGUGCCUCACGUCGGUGAACGCGCAUGACGACGCGGUGAACGCGGUGGCGACGGCUUUUGGUAAUAUGGUGAUAAGCGGGUCGGCGGAUGGGACGGUGAACGUGUGGGAGAGGGAGGACAGGACGGGGAAGCACGUGGCGGUCAGAACGCUUUUAAGGAAGGAGAGCGCUGUGACGGCGAUCGCGGUGGCGGAGAAGGAUGGUGUGGUGUACUGCGGGGCAUCGGAUGGGUGGGUGAGGUUUUGGGUGGGGGGGCGGACAGGACGGUGCGCGUGUGGAGGAGGGAGGGGUUGGGGGCGCAGCACGUGCGAGUGGCGGUGCUGACGGGGCACACGGGACCGGUCAAGUGUUUGGCCCUACAGGAGGACGUGGAGGGCGGUGGUGAAGUUGGCGAUAAAAGGUGGUUGCUUUAUAGUGGGAGUUUAGAUGGGUCGGUUAGGGUUUGGAGGUUGGCGGAGCGGCCGCCGCCGGGCAUGGUUGGUCGGAUUAAUUGUGUUUGAGGGGGUGUAGGAGGAUGGGGUUAAAAUGUAAAUACAGAGAUGAUACAGACAAAAAAGAAAAAGAAAAGAGAUAUAUGUGGAGUGAUUAUAGCGUCAUGUGUUUUGAUUUAUUGUAUAGAAAGAUAGAAGAAAUUUUUGCUAUGAAAAAAAAAGGGAUUAU